AUGCUGCGGCCAGCACCGCUUGCGGCACUGGGCAGUCGGCAGGGCUUGCAGCGACCGUUCCGCAGGGCGACAGCGGCGAAAGCCGAUGGCGUUGGGCCAAAGGCGCUCAAUCCUCAUCCCGGGGCUUCCUGGCGCCUGGCAACAGUGGGACUGGCCAAGCAGGCAGGAAGAAGCUCCUCGUCCCGCGUGCGUUUGGCCUUCUUCGGUCGCCCACUGGAGCUCCAGGAGGAAGAGACGGAGGUGCCCUUGAACCCUCAAUGCGUGCGGCUUUGGAACGGCUUCGAGACGCAAUUGGAGGUGUUGGCCUUUCCAAAGGACACCAUGCCAUACAUCUUGGGUGGCGAUCGCCACCUUCUACAGCCCCAGAGCCACCUGGACCUAGCCGUGGGUCGCCGCUCCAGCAUGUGCCGCAUCGCCUUGCGCCGCCGUGAUGCAGCACAGAUGCUGCUGGUGCCCAAGGGCAACAAGGUCAAGGUGGAAGCGUUCGAUGAGGAGAGCCAGGAGGGCUUAGGACCCCUGGAAGUUCGAGUUGGCGAUUUGCACGUGUCCUUCGAAGAUGGCUCCUCGUUCGAGAUCUUUCCAGGGCCUUUGUUCUGGAGACUCUCUCGGAAUGUGGAAGAUGUCGAAUUCCAGGAAGCCUCUAUCCUCCAAAGCGCCGACGCUCGCGUGUGCUUCAAGGUCGUGCGGCAGAUGGGUUCGGACUGGCGUGGGCAUCCACUGGCGAGGGUCCGGGUGAUUUCGGCCGGGUUCCUGGGCACCAAGUACCUGCAUAAAGGCACCAUGUAUUUGGCCAAGAUCGUUCCCAUCCAAGCCAAAGAAGAGAUCAUCAAUGCGUUCAAACGGAUUACGGGCACCUUCGGCCAGCCCGAGCAGAUUCUGCAUUUCGAGGGCUAUGUGAAGACCGAAUCCGGUGCUCACAUGUUGCUUUUCGAGGAUUUUGGCGAGAGCUUAUCAAAGAUCAUGAGCUCUAGUAGCGAAACCCUGACAGCAGAGGACAACGACCAAUGUGCCGAAGACUUGCUGCGAGCCAUCACAGCGCUGCACCAACAAGGCAUUUACCACUUGGCCUUGUCCCCGGAAUCCGUCCGCCUUCGCCGCGAUGGAAUGGGUCGGAUGCGUUUGAAGUUGUCCGACCUCGGUGCCUUCGAGCGCCCCUCAGAGCCGAUCGCCUCACGCGCGGCCACGCAGCUAGGCUGGCGCAGCUACACUAGCCCAGAGAUCCGGCGCCGGAAGACGCUCCUGGACGUGGCGAAACGCGCCAGGAAACCGAAGAAAAAGGCACCGAAGGUGCAGGACAGCAAAAUCUUGGGCAAUUUGAAGACCCUGGAGAUUUUGCCAAGCCUGCGCCGAAGCCAAGUGAAGCAGAACUUCUCCAAGUCGGCCGUCUCCCGUGAGACGCGGAGGGAACUCUUGGCCGAGUUUGCGAUGUUUGCAGAGCUGGAUCAAUCAGAUCUGACGCACUUGGCUCGUGAGUUCCAGGGGCCUUUCUAUGUGCCGCCUGGCGCGAGCCUCUUCAAUGUCGGUGAGACCGGGGACUUUCUGUAUUUUCUCUUGGCAGGCGAGGUGGUUGCCCGACGUGGCAAGCGCGAGCUCCGGCGCUACCGCCGUGGCGGCUUCCUCGGUGAAGCAGCGCUUUUUGGGGCCAAGCCCACGCGGCGCAUCUUCUCCGCCAGCGUGGCCCGCGGCGGGCAGGGCUGUGCGUUGCUGCGCAUGCACCACACCUUCUUCCGCAGAGAUCUGAAGAAUCGCGGCCCAGUGACCUCGGUCGUUGGCCCCACACGAUGGCGAUAUCUGGAGCAGCCCAAUCUGGAGUUGCAGCCUGAAGAGGUGGAUGUGUUCGCUGCUGGGGCAGUUUGGUGUCAACUGGCAGCUGGCUCGAAAGUGGUGUCCUUCUUCAGGAUCAAGCGAGCCACGACCAUCGAGGACUUGUUGGACGCAGUGGCCACGAGUGACAUCGGGAGCUUCUACUUUCUGGUGCAGGAGUGGCGCGGUGUGGCUUUGAUCGAACUCAUGGUGCGUCGCGCCUCUGCCUACGAGGCCUUGGUUUGUUUGGAAGAAAAGGAGAAGCUCGACGUGGUGAAGAGCGAUGAGACUGAGACCCAGCAGGGCCUUCUCGGUUCCAUCAGCCAUACGGUCAGCGAUCUCCAGAAGGCUGCAGGCUCCGCCUUCGAGCUCACGCAGGACGCGGUGAGCGCUUCCGUGGCGGUGCGAAUGUCCAACAACGCCCGGCAGACGCUGCUGCAGCAGUGGGAGAAGCUGAGCAACAAGGCGACUGAGAGAUAUGGCCAAGCCAUUGGAGAGAUCUUUGGCGAUAUCUACGGAAAUCUCUUCGCGAAGGACAUGCUUUGGAUCUUUCGCAACCCGACACGGGCCCAACGUUUCCCAGUGCUGCUGGUCCGUGAUGCGGAGGACGGCAGUCUUUUGGCACGCUGGCAGAUCGGGGCUUCCAUGGUUUUCGAGAGUGAGCUUUGUGCUCGUACACUACCACGUGUGCUCCCAUCUGUGCGCCCAGCCCUGGCUGCUGGAUUUCAGAUUGGCUCGGCGGUGGGGCGGAACCGGGCGAUCAACUUCAAGCGGCUUUGGAUCGACGCCUUCUUGGGUUCUUUCGUCAAGCAGCUUUGGACCUUGACCCGCAUGCGCGCCAAGCGCUUGGUGCGGCGCCGGGUGAAGUGGGAUGCCUUCGGAAGCGCGCUGAAGGAGUCGGUGAUCCAGGGGCAAACGGCACGGAAUUUGGUCCUGACCAAGUUUGGCCGCCUGCCCACCAAGUAUGAUCAGAAUGACCCCCAGGUACUGCGGUUGUUGCCCUCGAAGUGGGUCCCGGAGAUUGGCUUGCCCUUGGCCAGUGGCGUCGGCCGUGGCUUCAUGACCAAGUGGUGGAAGGGCUUUCGAUCGGGAUUGAGAAGACGAUACGUGAGGCCCCGCUUCGAGACCUGGGAUUUGGAGGAUGUGCCGCAGGUGAUACUGGACUUUGCUCGGCAACAGGGCGCCGAGCAGGCCAACCUUGUUGCCUCCUCAGUGGGCGACACCAUGGCGCGCGACUGGGGUUACUGGACCGGCCACUCCAUAGGUGUUGUUUCGGGCUUGAUCCUUUGCAUGGUGGGGGGCUCCAAGUCGCUAAAGGACGAUCGUGGCAUGGUCAUCGCGGAUGGCCAUUUGGAGGAGGACCGUGAGUUGCUGGCCUUGCAGCAGUACAUGGGAGAUGCUUGGGUCAGCAUAUUGGAUUUGAUAUGGGCUUAUGGUGGCAAAGAGAGUUGGAUAUGUCGUAGGCAGCAACAUUUUGGAGCGGAAUCUUGGAAAGGCACCGACUUUUCCAUGGACUCCAAGAAGGAUCGCUGGAAGACUAUUGUCAAGCUCCCUGUUGGCUGGGAAGGCCUCUCAUUGAAGAGCCAUGAGGGACGAUUGCUGGUCUCAGAAGUGCCGAAGGCCUGCUUCUCUUCUAAAAACUUCGAAAGCUCUGGUGCCCAGCCGCAGGUGGCGGGCGUCUUCGAGGGCGAUGAGAUCGUGCUGGUGAACGGCGAGCCCGCUGCGAGCGUGGAGCAGAAGAUCCUGGCGGCAGGUGACCCCUGGAACGCUUUGGUGCCUUUGACCUCGCUCGGCCAACAGCGGAGCGGAGACGAAGAACCGAUGGCGAAUACACGUGGGCCCCGGGCGACCCGGGUCUCAUUCCUGGUGCCCUUCGUGGGCAUCAAGCAGCAGCUGAGAGAAGGACCGGGUUGCGGAGCGGUUCCGCACCGCGCGACUUCCAUGGAAGUCGAUUGCUGUCCUAGCACUGCUGAUGGUGGCAAGCGUGAUUUUGCGAUGCUCCGGCUGGUGCCCUGCAUGUCUCACCACAGGCUGGUGCCGCAGGGUAUUCCAGCUGAACUCAUGCUGCUGUUCAUUGGUGCUGUUUGCAGUCUUGCGGGCAUCCUGACCAGCAAGGAACUUUUCCAGGGAUGUGCAUCAGAUGCAGUCGUCACCUUGGCACUGCUGUUUCCGAUCAUGAAAGCUAUGGGGGACACGGGCGUUCCAGAACGCUUCAUCGGCUGCAUGCUGGGCUCAGCCAAGGGCCCCUACUCGUUGAUCAUACGCAUGUUCUUCUCUGUGGCCAUUCUCUCGGGUGUGUUCAACAACACUCCGAUUGUGGUGAUGAUGAUCCCCCUGCUGCAGUCCUUGUGCCUCCGACAGGGUGUGCCCAGCCCGGCGGUGCUGAUGCCCCUCUCCUUUGCUGCUCAGGCGGGUGGGAGCUUGACCAAGAUGGGUUCUUCGAUUAACUUCGUGGCUGAUGAGGUCUUUCGGGCCAACGGCUACGGCAUUGGCUUCUUUACCUUGACCCUGGGCUGCAUCUUCAUAUGUCUCCUUGGUGGCGCGUACUGCGCGAUGAUGGGACCAAAAGUCCUCAUGCCGGUGUCGGAUGCCGUGGAGUCUUCUGCGUCAAGGGGUGGGACAAACCUUUUUAAGGUGGCCUUUUGCCCCAGUGAGGACGGACCCUUGGUGGGUCAAAGCCUGGAAGACUUGGGCCUCCACCGCAUCCCUGGCGUCGAGGAGAUCACCCUGCAUCGCUGGCACGACGUGGAACUGGUGGAAGCUGGCGUCGUUGACAGCAACGCCACGGCGCAGAGCUUGCAGCUGGAGGACUCGCUCUAUGCUCGAUGCAGCGCCGAGGGUGUGGCGCAGCUGCGACGCGUGAGGGGCUUGGAGCUUUGCAACGAUGAUGAGUUGAACUUGUUGGGUUCCAAACGUCGCCAGCGCUGCCUUUGUGAAGCUGCUGUCAAGGAGACGCUCCACGGUCAGCGGGUGAGCUUGCGGCGCUUCAAGCGCAAGCUCCGCUGCGCUGUGGUCGCCGUGCGCAGUGGCGCCGAGAGCGUCGAGUCGGAGUGGCGCGAGGGCUUUGAGGGCUAUGAGAUUCAAUAUGGAGAUGUCCUUUUGAUUGAAGCUUUUCAGGAGAUGUUUGGUUCGGAGCCCUGGCUGAAGCACUUCAGCGUCACGCGCCGGGUGCCCGAUUCCGAGCCGCCGCGAAGGGGCACUAAGGCGGACGACUUGCGCGCCAUCUUCAUCGUCGUGGGCCUGCUGAUCAUGAUCAUCAUCGCCUCUGGUGGCGAGCCAUGGAUGGAUUCGGAUGAGGGGCAUAUGGCGGGAUGA